CCACGUGGACUGACUUAAUUAAUAUUCCAAGUGCAUCCACUAAGACUCUCUGCACGACCAAUGGCUGCCUACCCUCCACCUCCAUUUCUUCCUCCUGGUGGUUACCAUCCACCUCAUUAUGGUAGUUACCCCUCUAGUGGGUAUGCUCCUCCCCAAGUCAACUAUUCUCAGCCCUGGACUCAUCCGAACACCCCCUAUUAUCCGCAACUCCCUCAACACCCUCAAUUCAAUGGUCCACAAUCCCAUCUUCCUCAUUGGCAGCCUCCAAGGAGAGGUGGACAACCGUGGCGAGGAGGAAGAGGGGGUAGUCAAAGGCCAGGGAGGAAUACGAGUGCGUCAUCGUUUGAAUGCAAGCCAUGCAACAAACAGUACAAGUCAGAGGGGACUUACAAUACUCACAUACAGUCUCAUGUCAAGUGUACCAGCUGUGCUUUUGAGGGCUCUGGCAAAGCUCUGAAAGAUCACGAGUUGAUGCAUAUUCUACCAGACGAGCUAAAGUUUACUAGUGAUGAAGACAUUCACAAGUGGAGGGAGCAGAGGAAGAGGAAGUUCCCCACUUCUGAGAACGUUGCAAGGAAGAGGCAGCUGGAAGCAGAUAAGAGUGAGCGUGGAGAGUCAGCCGUGACUCCACUUCACAAGUACAUUCAGCAUCUGAUUGGUGAGGACAAGCACUCUCGUGGGAGAAGAGGGGGUAGGGGAUCUCGUAGAGGCAGGGGUCGCCCCUUUAAUCAAAGAGGUAAUCAAAAGCAGUUGCUUGAGUCGAGACAAGACGCGGGGAAUGUGAGUCAGGUAGAAAAAAACGGAGAUGACACUGAGACGCAGGAAAAUAUUAUCGGAGCCAUACUAGCAGACUGUAAUGCAGACGUAGACGAAGGGGACUCCCCUAGUCCAAAGAAGAAGUGCCGGGAAGGGCCCCAGAAGGAGAAGUGGACUAGCAGGAGACAGAAAAAAAGAAUUAAGGCUUCAUCGACUGGACUGCAGGGUGUUUGUAGCAGCAGAAAACCAACACUUUUAGAGAAGCUACUUGCCCCAGAAAUUUGUCAUGAAGAAAACACCUUGCUACAGUGCAUUCGUCACAUCACAUUGAGUAAUUUCUUCACUGCUCAAGUACCAAGUGAACCAAUUGCAAGUAGCGCUGAAUCUUCUAUAGCUCAAAACUCCUUGUGAUUAAUGUUACAUUAAAUUUUUACAUGUGACUGCCAAUCUUUAUAAUCAUUAUUCCUGUCAUGGUACGUUGAAAUUCUUGCAUAUAUAUAUCCCUGUUUGAUAAUUAUUGUGCAUACAAAACUAAUGAUAAUACGGAA